CUGCCUCCUGGUCAAGCCUAUCAUGCACCACCGAGUGUGACGGCUCCAGCUACGAUCGGUGCUGCCGUUGGUGCAGUUGCUCCAAGUGCUGGUGUGUCAAUCAAGGAUAUUAGUGAUCACCUCAAAGUUCAAUUGCUCAUCCGAAGUUAUCAGACUCGCGGUCAUAAUAUUGCCGAACUUGAUCCUCUGGGCAUAAAUAGCGCUGAUUUGGAUGAUACAAUACCAGCUGAACUGGAACCGCAAUUCUAUGGACUUACCGACCAAGAUAUGGAUCGGCAAUUCAUUCUACCGAUGUCAACGUUUAUUGGUGGUGAUAGACCAUCACUAACACUUAGAGAAAUUAUCAAUCGUCUUAAGAACAUUUAUUGUACGCAUACCGGUGUUGAGUAUAUGCAUUUAACGAACUAUGAACAAUUGGAUUGGGUUAGGCGUAAAUUUGAAGUACCCCGAGCAUCUGAACUGAAUCAUGAACAGAAGAAAACGUUGCUGAAACGAUUGAUUCGAUCGACGAAAUUCGAAGAAUUCCUCGCUAAAAAGUGGCCAAGUGAGAAACGAUUCGGUUUGGAUGGAUGUGAGGUGCUGAUCCCAGCAGUGAAACAACUUAUCGAUCAUGCGAGCGACACGAAUGCGGAUCGUACACUGGCCAUUGUUAUGCACGGUGAUGCGGCACUGUGUGGCGAAGGUGUUGUUAUGGAAACGUUCAACCUGAACGAUUUGAAAGCCUACACCGUUCAUGGUUGUAUUCAUGUGGUUGUCAAUAAUCAGAUCGGUUUCACAACAGAUCCACGUGCCUCACGUUCAUCACCGUAUUGUACGGAUAUCGGACGUGUUAUCAACUGUCCAAUCUUCCACGUGAACAGCGAUGACCCAGAAGCUGUUAUCUACGUGUGCAACGUUGCAUCCGAAUGGCGUCGCACCUUCAAGAAGGAUGUGAUCAUCGACUUGGUGUGCUACAGACGACAAGGCCAUAAUGAGUUGGAUGAGCCAAUGUUCACCCAACCGUUGAUGUAUCAACGUAUCAAACAGACCAAGCCAGUACUGAGUGUCUAUCAAAAGCAGGUCGUUAGUGAGGGUAUUGCCAACGAUCAGUUUGUUAAGGAUGAAGUAGCCAAAUACAAUGCAAUCCUCGAAGAGGCCUACGAAGAUGCGCAGAAAGUGACAUAUUUACGUAAUCGUGACUGGUUGGAUUCACCGUGGGAUGAUUUCUUCAAGAAGCGUGAUCCGUUAAAGGUUCCGGCGACCGGAAUUCCGAAAGAUACCGUUGAGCAUAUCCUUGAAAAAUUCUCGAACACUCCCGAAGGAUUCAAUUUGCAUCGUGGCUUAGAGAGGACAUUGAAAGGUAGACAACAAAUGCACAAACAGAACAGCUAUGAUUGGGCAUGUGGAGAGGCACUUGCGUUCGGUUCGCUUUUGAUGGAAGGAACGCACGUACGUUUAUCGGGUCAAGACGUAGAACGAGGAACAUUCUCGCAUAGGCAUCACGUUCUGCACGAUCAAAAAGUCGAUCAGAAAACCUAUAAUGCCCUUAACCAUCUCUCUGAUAAGCAAGCCGAAUACACCGUCUGCAAUUCAUCGCUAUCUGAAUUCGCAAUUCUCGGUUUCGAAUUAGGAUAUUCAAUGGUUGAUCCAAAUUCGUUGGUCGUUUGGGAGGCGCAAUUCGGUGAUUUCGCAAAUAACGCACAGUGUAUUAUUGAUCAGUUUAUUUGCUCUGGUCAAUCAAAAUGGAUUCGUCAGUCUGGUCUUGUUUUGUCAUUGCCGCACGGCUAUGAAGGUAUGGGUCCUGAACAUAGCAGUGCUCGUGUUGAACGAUAUCUGCAGCUUUGCAAUGAAGACGAUGAGGUGGAUCCAGAGGUAGCGAUUUUGAAGCCUUUGGUUCAGUUCUCACCGAAAUCACUGUUGCGUCAUCCGAUGGCACGAUCUCCAAUCGAAGAUUUCUUACCAGAUACCAAAUUCAAGCGAGCUUUGCCUGAAGAUGGAGAGGCUGUGAAAUCACCAAAUAAAGUCAAUCGACUUGUCUUCUGCACCGGUAAAGUCUAUUAUGAUUUGGUGGCAGCCAGACACCAUUUGGGUCUUGAUCCUCAAGUGGCUAUUUGCCGCAUUGAACAAAUCAGUCCAUUCCCAUACGACAUCGUCAUGGAAGAGUGUCUUCGUUUCAAGGGCGCUGAUCUAGUUUGGGCACAAGAGGAGCACAAGAAUAUGGGCGCAUGGGCAUUCGUUCAACCAAGAUUCAAUUCACUACUUGCAAAGCAAAAUCGAGCCAUCAAAUACGCUGGACGACAGCCAUCUUCGUCACCAGCAACUGGCAACAAAUACACUCAUAUUGCCGAACAAAAGGAGCUGCUAGCCACCACUCUGAAUGUACGCAAAUCGGACCUCGAAACUUUCAAAGGAUAA